AUGACCCCUUUCUUUAUCACUGAUCCCUUUCCAAUUAUUUAUUUACACUUUCAAUCCUUUUUUUUCUCUUCUUUUUAUUGUCUGUUAAACAUUGUCUUUUUCCUUCUUGGCCACAAUUUUCUUUUCUUUCUCUCCUUUUGCCUUUUACGUUCUUUCCUUCUUAUCCAUUUUAUAUUCUUUCUUUCUUUCUUUUUUUCUUUCUUUUUUGUCUUAUAUACUUUCCCUCUUUCUUUCUUUGGCCUCAAUUUUACCUUUCUUUCCGUCUCUUUUACCUUCUUUCUUUCUUUCUUUCUUUCUUUCUUUCUUUCUUUCUUUCUUUCUUCUUCCGUCAUUAGCCUUUUUCCUUUUCCCUUUCCUAUUUAUUUCCUUUUUCUUUCUAUCUCCCUUUUUUUUUUACCUCUCUUCAUAGAAUUUCUUUUCUCUCGUUCUUGGUCACCAUGUUUUUUCGUUUCUUUAUUUCCUUCUAAUUUCCUGUUAUUUUUUAAAACUUUUUUUUACGACAUGUCGUCUGUUUCUCCAAUUUUAAAAAAAUUUUCCCUUCCUUCCUUCUUUCUUUCUUUCUUUCUUUCUUUCUUUUUUCUUUCUUUCUUUCUUGUCUGA